ACAUUAUUAUCUAUUAUAUAUAUCCUUUUUGUAUAUUCGUAUUUUAUUUAUCUAUAUCCUAUUCAAUUAUAUAUAUACAUCAUGUCAGUUUUCUCCAAAUUCACUAACUUUAUACGACAUACUAAGAAUGCUGUUAGUGGUGAUAAAUACGAAACAGCUGCAAGGAUUGUAGAGGAAGAACGACAAGCUAAACGACAUCUUCCUUCAUAUACUGGACUAGAACGUUAUCAAUUAUUAGAAAAAAUAGGAGAUGGUGCAUUCUCUAUAGUAUAUAAAGGUUUAGAUACUGAAACAAAUGAAAAGGUAGCAAUAAAAGUGGUGGACCAAACAAAACUAAAACGUGAACAGAAAGCAAGUGUUCUCAAAGAAAUAAGGAUCAUGCAAACUCUCAAGCAUCCUUCUAUCGUUCGAAUGUUGGCCUAUCAUGAAACAUCCACUCACUUUUUUCUUAUUCUGGAAUUAUGUGAAGGAGGUGAACUCUUCAAUCAAAUAGUCAAAUUAACUUACUUUAGUGAAGAUUUAGCAAGACACUGUAUUCGUCAAGUGGCGGAAGGUUUACGAUAUCUUCAUGAAGAACGUGGUGUAGUACAUCGGGAUAUCAAACCUGAAAAUUUACUUUUUGAUCCUAUUCCCUUUAUGGAACGUACAACAUCAAAACCACCAUUACCGGAUUUUGAUGAUGAAUCGAAAUUAGAUGAAGGGGAAUUCGUAGAAGGCGUUGGUGGUGGCGGUAUUGGUAAAGUUAAGAUUGCGGAUUUUGGAUUAUCAAAAGUUGUUUGGGAUCAACAUACAAUGACUCCGUGUGGUACCGUUGGUUAUACUGCUCCUGAAAUUGUCAAAGACCAAAGAUAUUCAAAAUCCGUGGAUUGUUACGCUUUGGGUUGUGUUUUAUAUGUGAUGCUUUGUGGUUUUCCUCCUUUCUAUGAUGAAGAUAUCUCUGAACUGACUCAAAAGGUGGCCAAAGGUCAAUAUGAAUUUCUUAGUCCUUGGUGGGAUGUGGUAUCUGAUAGUGCAAAGGAUUUGAUUACUCAUACUCUAUUCAUGAACCCAAGAAAACGGUAUACAAUUGAUCAAUUUUUACAACACCCAUGGAUGCUGAAAAAGCCACAUACGACAAAAGAAUCUAGAAAAGCAAAUGACACAACGGAAGAACAAACUGAACAAUCCGAAUUAGUCGAUCAAGAAUCCGAAGCAGAACAAAUCAAACUGAAAUAUCAACAACGAAAAACAACAUCAUCCGGUCGAUCAACUCCUACUGAAAGACGACGUAUGCUUGAACCAUCAAUGAAAGAAGUUUAUGGCGUUUGUUUAGACAUGGCACGUGGAGUGGAAGAGAAGAAAUUGAAAAAACGGGCAAAGAAACAACCACAUAUGUUUGUAAACUCGAUUUAUAACGUUGAUGAUGAUGAAGAAGACGAUAACGACGAUGAUGACGAUUCAACCAGUAGUGGCAGUAGUAAUAGUGACGACAAUGAAGAUUCAUCAAGUGAACCCAGUACAGAAGACAAUGGACAAACAGAUCUGGAAAUCGAAGCAUUACAACAUCAAUUGAAUCAAAUGAUGUCAGCCGAACAAGUUUCUCAAACGACUCAAACAGUUCAAGAUGUAGAAAAUGCUCAACUUGCACAAAGACGAAAAGAACAACCAUCACAACAAACCACAACUAAUGAUACCAUCAAGCGUGUCAAGGUACGGAAACCUCAACCUUUGUUUGAACUCAAGAUGGAUCACGCUACUUUGUUGGAAAAACGACGAAAAAAUGUACCUUUAACUGAAUAGUCCUGUCCUUGUUUUAUUUUAUCCCCCCACACAUCAUCUAUCCAUUUUACAAUUCAUACUAGUUUCAUCAUCAUCACUUUUGUAGUUUGUCCUUUUAUAUAUAUAUAUAUAUAUAUAUAUAUAGUGUUAUUAUUAUUUUUUUUUUUCGAAAUAAAAC